ACCUGCCUAGGGUGCAUAGUCAGUCAAACACAAUGCCUCUUCGAUGUGGGCUCCACAAAGGGCAUCUCGAUCCGUGCAAUCUUCCCACUCCACGACGGAGCGGAGUCCAACGAAUCGACCAGUGACAUCGCUCACAUGGUGACAUGGAGUCCACAGAAGCCUCACACACCUCCGUCCGACUCAGCGCCUCCACCGGCUACCCAAGAUUCUGAACUAGGAUCAGGCCGACGACGCGAUUGCACUACGUCUCCUCCACGCAAGCGGACUCGUGUCUCGGAUGAGCCGGAGAAUCGUGCUCUGAACGAGUCCGCUGCCGCGGCCGUUGAAUCUCUGCAGAGUAUUCUGACUGUGACUGGAAAUGAAGAACCCGCACUCCUCGGACGCCGCUUAGCAUUAGCAUUACGUCCUCAACAAGCAUCUUUCCAUAUCCGCAUCCCUCUUGACGCCCUAGGAAAUGCCGACGCACCGCACAUUCUCGACGAUCUGCCGUCCCCUUCGCAUACUCUACUCUCAUUCCGUACUGUGAUCCAUGUCUGCCCAGAUGGUGUCUUAGAUGUGUCGGGCUUCGGGUCCCAUCUGACUAAUUCCGAAGUUCUGAAGACAUUCCCCGACGGCUUGGCGCCAAUCCAGAAUCUUUCCUCAAAAACCUAUGACAUCUCGCAGAGACGCCGUGUCACCCGGCAUUCGGUCACACCUCGGCCUGCUGUUUCUCUACCUGCCAUAAUUUCGAAUGAUACAAGACACGAAGGGAUCUCAACCUCCAAUGAGCUGGACGAUCCUGGCUUUGGAGACAUUUUGACUCAUCAAUCGGCAUUAGCUCUCCUACGUACCGGCGUGAAGGAUCACACCAUCGCUGCCACCUGGUCAUUCGUCCGACCCAUUCUGGUCGGCGACGCUCUCUUUCAUUUGCGGCCGACUCUGCAAAUACACCCCGAUGGUAUUCUCCCACUCCCGGACCCUGACAACAUCCAGCGACGUCAUGCUCAGGCCAUGGCCCGAUCCAUCCCGUCGCUCAGUCUUUUGCCUAUCCCUUGCCCGAAAAUCGAUGUACUUUCGAUUGCGAGCCGACCGCACGACAUCUACACAUCCGACACCGUCGCAGCCAUAUUAUCUGGACUCGCGCUUUGCUUCAUGGCAACCCAUCCUAAUCAAUCAAUCUCCUGUGGGCUGUCUAUGAAGCCAAUAUCAGUCAUCGAUGCCGGCGUAGAAAUUCGGCAAGAUUGGGAAACGUCAGUGGUAUUCCUCAUGAAUCGCCCCUGCGGAGAAGAAGUCAAUCAGCAGAUCCGUGUAGAAUCUCUGGACCGUCUUUUUGGCGUGAUUCUGCUGGAUGGAUCGUGGGUUGCGGUCAGUUUGGUGAAAGACGACGAGGAUGUAGUCAUUUUCACCCAAAAGCCGUCACAGCCGCACCCCGACCACUCGACCGCAUCCGUGGUGGACAUGCUCCGAGAUGGGGCCCUCGGGGAGUUGGUAAAACGCUUCUUCCCCUCUGUCAGUCCUCGCUACCGAUUCAAACCACAGUUUUCAACGAUGACACCUGCCACUUCCGGACCCGUAGCUCUUCAGAUUAUCCGGUUACUGUUGCAACAGGGCGCGAUUGGCUCCAUGGCAUUGACCUUUGGGGGCCACUCGGAGCACGAACUUGAAAAACGAUGGCGUUUGCGGCAGGCAGAAUGGGCGGUGCAGCGACUGGAGGCGGAGCAGCAGCUUCGAGGGGUUUUGCAGCUCCUUGCGCGGAACCCUCGCACCGAUACUUGAUGACAUGCGUCGAGCCCUACACCGGUAUUGAGCAACCUGCCGUCUACCCGGCUGCGUACAGUUCGGAGACGACUCCGCCGCGAUUGCUCCAGGGGUUGCAAGUCUACACAACUGCAUGCAGUGUACGGCUCAUCGCUCCACGACCUCCUGGCGGCGCUCCCAACGAUCCUCA